AUGACUCUACUCCUGCACAUGCACAAGGGAGAAUUUCAAAGGAUCCAUACUAGCAAAAGGAGUACAGAGGAACAAAUAAAGAAAGUCAUCAGACAUCAGCAAUCGAACGCAAGGAAGAAACAACAUGAAUGUCCCCAAUGUUUCAAGAACUUUGCUGCACCUUCUGCUCUUGCAAUUCAUCAACGAACACACACAGGAGAAAAGCCACAUCAUUGUUCUCAGUGCGGAAAAACCUUUAGUCGAAUGUCUCAUCUCAAGAACCACCAGAGGAUCCAUACUGGAGAAAAGUCAUAUCAUUGUUCUCAGUGUGGAAAGACUUUUAGUGAAAUGGGUAGUCUCAAGAGACACCAGAGGAUCCACACUGGGGAAAAGCCAUACCAUUGUUCUCAGUGUGGAAAGACCUUUACUCAAAUGGGUGAACUGAAGAGACACCAGAUGAUCCACACUGGAGAAAAGCCAUAUCAGUGUACUACAUGUGGAAAGGGUUUCAGGAGUAGCAAAGAACUUAGAAUCCACCAGAUGACACAUACUGGAGAAAAGCCACAUCAGUGUUCUCAGUGUGGAAAGACUUUUAGUCAAAUGGGUCAUCUCAAGACACACCAGAGGAUCCAUACUGGAGAAAAGUCAUAUCAUUGUUCUCAGUGUGGAAAGACUUUUAGUGAAAUGGGUAGUCUCAAGAGACACCAGAGGAUCCACACUGGGGAAAAGCCAUACCAUUGUUCUCAGUGUGGAAAGACCUUUACUCAAAUGGGUGAACUGAAGAGACACCAGAUGAUCCACACUGGAGAAAAGCCAUAUCAGUGUACUACAUGUGGAAAGGGUUUCAGGAGUAGCAAAGAACUUAGAAUCCACCAGAUG